GAGGCGGCUGUGGGCUCUGCUGAUGUUGUUGUUGCCGGUGAGAGGAGCCGGGUGGUCGUUACUGAGCGGCGCGUGAAUGAAGAGCCGUGGGCCCGUAGUACAGCUCGCGCGUUUCGCCCCAGACUGAGAAACACGCACCCCCCCAUACAUUUCACAGUCAAAUCCUGCUUUUUGUUCAUAUCUGCGAAACAAAAAAAAAUCUUCCCUACGCGGAAUUUUCCCCCAUAAUUAAAUAUUUAAUCCUGCCGGGGACUGAAUGGAACCGGACGGAGCGUCGACCGAGGUCGGAGGGGAGAGCGAAGUACCGGCGGCUGAAGAGGAAGCGAUAGAAGGAGCUGAGGGCGAUUUACACCCGUUAGAAUCGUACAGUAAAAAAGCAUGCUUGGCUGAGAUGCCCUCUUCUUCUGGAAAUAUCGAUGCGCCGACAAGCAGAAAAAUUGGACACAGAGGAGUAGAUGCUUCUGGAGAAACUACAUACAAAAAAACAACUUCAUCCACUCUUAAAGGAGCUAUUCAACUGGGUAUUGGAUACACAGUGGGAAACCUCAGUUCAAAACCUGAAAGAGAUGUACUGAUGCAAGAUUUCUAUGUCGUUGAAAGCAUAUUCUUCCCUAGUGAAGGUAGUAAUUUGACUCCAGCACAUCACUUCCCUGACUUCAGAUUUAAGACCUAUGCUCCAGUGGCGUUUCGUUACUUUAGGGAACUCUUUGGCAUUCGACCAGAUGACUAUUUGUAUUCAUUGUGCAAUGAACCCUUGAUUGAACUCUCCAAUCCUGGUGCCAGUGGUUCUCUCUUUUAUGUGACGAGUGAUGAUGAGUUCAUAAUAAAGACUGUUGUAAACAAAGAAGCAGAAUUUCUGCAAAAGUUGCUUCCAGGUUAUUAUAUGAAUCUGAAUCAAAACCCAAGGACUCUGUUGCCAAAGUUUUAUGGACUUUAUUGUGUCCAGUCUGGUGGCAAAAAUAUCCGGGUGGCAGUGAUGAAUAAUGUGUUACCACGAGUGGUGAAGAUGCAUUUGAAGUAUGAUUUAAAAGGUUCAACUUACAAACGGAGAGCUUCAAAAAAAGAGCGUGAGAAAUGCAGGCCAACAUUCAAAGACCUGGACUUUAUGCAGGAUUUCUCAGAUGGUUUAUUAUUAGACGCAGACAUGAAUAGUGCUCUAAUUAAAACCCUGCAGAGAGAUUGUCUGGUGCUAGAGAGCUUUAAAAUCAUGGAUUACAGUUUGUUGUUAGGCGUUCACAAUUUGGACCAAGCAGAACGUGAAAGACAGGCUGAGGGAUUACUAAGUACCUCUGAUGAGAAACGACCAAUUGCACAGAAAGCUCUAUAUUCCACGGCCAUGGAAUCUAUUCAAGGUGGAACUUCACGGGGUGAAUCGAUCGACACAGAUGAUACGAUGGGAGGUAUCCCUGCCAUAAAUGGCAAAGGAGAGAGACUUCUCUUGUACAUCGGUAUAAUUGACAUUUUACAGUCUUACAGAUUAAUCAAGAAAUUAGAACACACUUGGAAAGCACUUGUUCAUGAUGGUGAUACUGUGUCAGUGCACAGGCCAAACUUCUAUGCUGAAAGGUUUUAUAAAUUUAUGAGCAACACUGUCUUCAGAAAGACAUCAUCAUUUCAAUUUCAUAACACGACAGCCUUGAAGUCGUCCCCAUCCAAAAAAGGACGGGCUUCUCUUCCAGUUCCUAAAUAUAUUGGUCCAGGGCAAGCGUUUUCUGCCAGUCAGAUUCCUACAGAAGAUGAAGAUAAACGGUAUGACCUGCGGGGAGCCAGGAGCUUCCCAACUCUUGAAGAUGAAGGAUUAUUGGGCCGGCCAGAUCUCCUUCCUUGCACUCCCCCUUCAUUUGAAGAAGCAACUACAGCUUCUAUAGCAACAACUCUAUCAUCAACAACAUCCUUGUCAAUAACAGAACAGUCACCAUCAGAAAGCUCAGAGCAUCAUCCCCGCUACAGGAAAGCAACACUAUCGUCAGCAGCAGAUGUUGGAUCUGAUGAGAUAGUCACAGAAGCUGGCCUCCAGCAGGUCACUGUUGAGCUGGAGGCAAAGUCCAGUAUCGAAACUGAGCAUACAGCUGAGGAAGAGGCAACAGAAGAGGAAGAGGAUAAAACGGAAGUUCCUUCGGCAUCUGCACGUACAAGUUCCACUGUUACAUUGGAAGCAGACACUGUGAGCCAAAUCUCAGAGGCAGCUAGCCAUGCAUCUGAGGAGGCAGAAGAUGAUGAUGAUGAGGAGGUUCCAGCAUCAGACAUUUAUUUUUGUGCAGAAGAGAGGGUCUGGAUUUACUCUCCUCUUCACUAUGGCUCUCACGUGCGUUCAGUUUCAGACGGAGAAAGUGAAACUUAAAACUUACUGCGACCAUUUUGAAGAAUGAAGAGGAAAGUUCUUCCAGAAGAACAACAUAUUUUGGUCUGAAGCUGCCUCACUCCAUUGGAUCAGAGUGAUAUCAUAUCACUCAGGCUGGGCCCCAUGUGUUCCACUGUGUAGUCUGUGAAACUUGGCAAAGAAAACAUCUGAAACAGAAUUCAUGUUGGGGAGUUGGAACCAAGACACUUUGUUGGGAAUGGAAGUGGUGGGGCAGCAGGUGAACUUGUUUGUUAGUGUUAACAAAAUUUCUGCACAACUCUGCUCAUGCAGCAACCAUAUCAUGUGAUUUUAUGUGGUCAAUACUUGUCAGUGACAAAUCACUGCUAAAUAAUCUGUGUCCAGCCGAAGCCUGUUCAAUUAGAUUCUGUCUUCUCAAACAGAUUGCAGAGUGCCAUGAUCAACCUCUGUGAAUGU